UGCUACGGUACGCCACUUGUGACCAAGAGGGAAAAGCGCGGACAUUGAGAAUACUGGGGAAAUUGUAGAUGGCGACUGAUACCUACAUUUGGCCGACUUCGUUUUUGAACACGCAGAAUGAUCUCUGAGAACAGGAUCAUAACUUAAUUGAUUGCUGGAACAGAGUCCAAUUUCCUCUUCUCAUGUAAAGGCAUCAGGAGUUGUCUAACAUGGACAGAGAAUUAAGGUCAGGGAAGGAGAUUAAUGAGGACAAGGUGCCUCAUCAUAGGGACACAGGAAGUGUCUCCACAGAGGAAAUGGAGAGUGGAGGAAUUCCUCCCCUAGCAAAGAGGCCCAGGCCUGAUGAUGUCACAGCUGACAGCACAGGAGAGAUUGAGGAGGACACCGGCGGUAAGGUGGCUGAUGGGAAGGAGUCAGACCAGCCGCCUCGGGUUGAGGUGAACAUUACCCCGGAGACAGGUUACGGCUGUGCCUGUCCCAUCUGUGGCUUUGUGGCCAAAACUCCAACUGCCUUGAAGAUUCACUCCAAGAGGAAGCACACCGGUAGAGGAAAGACCCGGGGUGUGAGCUCAGCUGAGGUACUUGUUGAAAUAGAUGGCUCCACAACCGGAGCAACAGCACAGACUUCAAAUUACAAGACAGGUGGAGACACUGAGGAGAAAGUGAGCAGCAGUGAGAGACAGCAGGAUGCCACAGAGAGUCAGAGUCAGGGCACAGAGGCAGGGGGUUCUGAGGGGGAGGUGACUACAAUAAUAGCCAAAGAGGAAAUUGCUGAGAAACAAGGGACAGGGAGAGAUACUUUUGAUAUGAAGGUGACUACAAUAGCUACAGAGGAGAUUGCAGAGGAGGAGCAAGAAAAGACCCCCGGUAAGAAGAUAGUAGGUAAACGGGGCCCCAAGCCCAAGACCAUACAUGCUUGUAGCUACUGUGGUCACGAGUUUAGGGACAAGCCAAGCCUAGAUACACACAUCAAGAGACGCCACACCAAAGAGAUGAAUUACUUCUGUGAAUUCUGCUUGUACGCCUGUGUGGCAAAGUGCGACUACGAAAAGCACUGUCUUAGUAACAAGCACAACAAACGAGUCGCGGAAAGCAGGGAAUCCUCUGGCCUCUCGUCACCCAUGGACAAGAAGACAGCCGAGCAGGCUCAAAUCUUUGCCUCCACGACGACUCAGACCCGGGCGUCCAGGCGUGCGCUCGGUGCCAGGUUCCAGCUGCAGUGCGGGAGUUGCGAAUUCAGGGUCAGCAACUCUGCUUUGCUGGAGAGCCACGCUCGGCUAAAGCGCCAUGGCGAGCAUCGCUUCCUCUGUAACGUCUGCCGCUACUACACCGCUACAUCCGAGUGGAUGGACACACAUGUGUCCUCGGAGAGCCACCGGCGUGUGGCUGAGGAGAAAAACACAGGGUCCUCCUUUGAGGAGUGCGUUGAGAAGGUGAGCAAAGAUUCGAUCGGUGACGACAUGCUGACAGAUGACGUGGCAGUAGGGGUCAUCGGACAUGRUGGAGAGCUGCAACCUGAUGUUAAUGAGGAAGCUAUUGAGGCUGCGAAAGUCGUGUUGGAGAACAUGGAAGAGCACACGGACGAGAAAAGCCCCCUCAAGAGGAGGAGAGGCAGGCCAAAGGGGCCUGCUGCAACUACAUGUGAAUACUGUGGCCUUCUCGCCUCCAAUAGUACCAAUCUAAAUGUGCAUAUUCGUCGUAAGCACAGCCGGCAGUACAGCUUCACCUGCAGGCUUUGUUCUUACAACUGUGUGACGAAAGGCGACAUGGACCGACACUGUGUCACAAAGAAGCACCUUAAACGCGUGGAGGAUGCUAGCAGGGAUGGCCAAGUGGACCUGGAUACAUCAGUGCAGGUCGUGAGUAAAGAGUCAGGCUCUCAGGCCAGCGAGGGUGAGGCUAUACAUCGGAAUAGUCCAGUCAGAGCAGGGUCCAAAGGAGAGGAGGGGGCCACGGACAAAACAGGGGAGCUGUCACAAGACGACGUCAAAGCACAAGUGAGCAGCCCGAAAAAGAGCAAGUACGACUUGGUCAACUCCUGCAGCCAUUGCAGCUUCGUAGCUCAUUCGAUUCCCUCCCUCGACCUCCACGUGAAGAGGAGACACACCCGGGACUUUGAGUUUGUGUGCCUGGCGUGCAGCUACUACGCGGUCACGCGUCGAGAGAUGUCUCGCCACGCCUCCACGGACAAGCAUAAGCAGAAGAGUGAGGUCUACCUAGAGAACCUGGAGAGCUUUGUGGCGGAAGACCUGGCACAGCCAGAGGAGGAGGCCAUGGAGCUGGGGAACAGAGCUGACCCUGAUGCUGACAACAUUGCUCACACUGAGGAGCCCUCCCCCUCAGUGCCCCCUGACACAGACAUAGAGCAGCCCACAGGCACAACUACAGACCAGCCUAACAGUAUAGACACAGACCCAACCCCACAGACACAAUACAGACCAAGCCCACAGAGACAGAGCAAGCCCCAACUACACAGACCCAGACCAGCCCCCUAUCAUCGAUACAGAACAACCCACAGAUACAGACCACCCACAGACAAAGGACAGCCCAACUACACAGACACAGACCAGCGCCCCUAUCAUCGAUACAGAACAACUCACACUACGACCAACCACAGACAACAGACCAGCCCAAUGACACAGACACAGACCAGCCCCCUAUCAUCGAUACAAACAACCCACAGACACAGAUACAAUCAACACAGAGCGACAGAGCAGCCCAAACUACACAGACAAGACCAGCCCCCUAUCAUUCGAUACAUACCCAACCCACAGGGAACAAGCAAGCUCCCAACAACACAGACACAGACCAGCCCCCUAUCACCGAUACAGACCAGCCCACAACACAGAGCAUAUUACCACUACCCCACACAGACUUCUGACGUUUUGACGCAAUGA